AUGGAGGAAAUAGAAACCCCAUGCUACUUCCUCUGCCCCAUCUCAAUGGAGCCGAUGAUCGAUCCGGUCACCGUCUCCACGGGCAUCACCUACAACCGCCACACCAUCGAAAAAUGGCUAUCCUCUUCCAAAACCCCCACCUGCCCCGUCACCAAACAGCCCCUAAACCCCUCCUCCGCCGCCCUCACCCCCAACCACACCCUCCGCCGCCUCAUCCACGCCUGGCCCCACCCCAAACCCACCCAAAUCGAGCCCUCCGAUUCAGAUUUAAAGUCCUUCUUCACCGACAAUACCAGCAUUCUCGAAACACUGAUCCAACAAUUAACAACCGGCGACACCGGAGCCCGAGCAAGAGCGAUGACCCUAAUCGGAAAGGCCUACGCAGUGGCCGACCCGAUCCACCUGAUCGGGGCGGGGAAGGAGGUGUUCGUUGAAGCGGUGAGGAUGAUCAAAGAGGGGGUUUCUAAGAAGGCGGCGGUGAGGCUGGUGGUGGAGCUUUGCCCGUGGGGGAGGAACCGGGUGAAGGCGGUGGAGGCGGGGGCGGUGGCGGCGGUGGUGGAGAUGCUGCUGGAGAGCGGGGAGAGGAGGGAGUGCGAGCUGGGGAUGGCGGCGCUGGAGCAGGUGUGCAGGUGCGCGGAGGGGCGGGCGGAGCUGCUGAGCCACGGGGCGGGAUUGGCGGUGGUGUCGAAGAAGAUACUUAGGGUUUCGGGGGUGGUUAGUGAUAGGGGGGUGAGGAUUUUGGGGUUGAUUUCGCGGUAUUCGGCGAAUUCUAGGGUUUUAGAGGAGAUGGUGGAGGUCGGGGUGGUUGCUAAGCUGUGCUUGGUGUUGCAGGUAGUGGCUAGUCACAAGACUAAAGAGAGGAUUAGGGAGAUUUUGAGGUUGCAUUCUAGGGUUUGGAAGGAGUCUUCAUGUAUACCACCUCAUUUGCUUUCUUUUUAUCCAUCUUAAUUAGUCAUCUCAUGCCAAACAUACAUGGGAUGUUUUCUUUUUAUUCCUAAAUACAAUUGACCAAUGGCGAAGCCAAGAAAUAAUGUAAGUGCAUCAAGGGAAUUUUUAUACGAUCCUCACUCUCUGUGUUACUAAA